ACUACGACAGGAUGCUACGGAAGCAGCACACACAGUCACACCUGCUCGAGUACCACAGACAUAAGUACCAGUGUCUGGGCUGCAGCUGGUCGGAGGCUUUCUUUUGGAACAAAAAGGAUUAUUCGUACCACUGGAAGACGGUGCACGCGACGCUCGAGUGCGACAUCUGCCGGCGGACCAGGCGCAACACACACGACAUGGAGCGACACAUGCGAGCCAGUCACCUGCCAAUAAAAUGCCCGCAGUGUCCGCGCGUGUACUCCAAGUGGAAGUACUACCGCCAGCACCAGAAGAUGGCGCACCCGGUGCUGGCGCUGGAGCCGCCGGAGUCCAGGUACUGCGUCGAGUGUGACAUGCAGUUCCCCUCCAUCAUGGCCUAUAAGAUGCACGUCAUGAACCAGCACCGCAGCACGCCCAAGAAAAGAUGGCCGUGCCCGGCGUGCAACAAAACAUUGAACAACAAGGACACCAUGAAGAAACACUACGCCCUGUUCCAUAGCGACAAGACCAGCUAUCAGUGCCCGCACUGCGGCAAGUACCUGUCUUCGAAGUGCUCACUCCAGCACCACCUCAACUCUCACCUCAACAUCAAGCUCCCCAAGGACAAGCUGUGCUCCAUCUGCGGCCGCGGUUUCUCGGUAACCACAUGUUGCCUUUAUCAUUUACUUCAUAAGUUGCCCCCUCAACACACAAGGCGAGCACCUCAAUAUCAAGCUCCCCAAGGACAAGCUGUGCUGCAUCUGCGGCCGUGGUUUCUUGACAAAGCGCAUGCUCCGGUUCCACACGUACACACACACGGGCGAGCGGCCGUACGCGUGCGCGCACUGCCCCGCCGCCUUCACGCAGCCCAACCCGCUGCGCGUGCACUCGCGGAAACUGCACCCGCAUCUGCCGCUUAGCGUGCAGCCGCAGAAAGUUCAGCAAUAAAUUAUUUAAAAAAAA